UCUGGACACAGCAAGCCUAUCUACUAACAUCGCUGCCUGGUUGAUGUUGUGACGAGUUUGAAGUUUAUAUUCCUUCGGAAGCAUCAUGCCUGCGUGUCAACUUUGCAUUCCCUCCCAGGUCCCAAAACUUGAAAAAACUUGAAGUUUAAACUCGAAUAGCAACUUCAGUGGUCUUCAUCACAGGCUUUAAUCUACUUAAAGUAUUUCGUCAUCGUCUAGAUCAACAUCAAAAUCAACAAGCUGCAAUAGGACCUAGAAGUAGGGCGCGCCUGUCCUGCUGCUCGCUCGUUAGCUUCUCGACCUAUCGCAACCAAUACGAAAUACGUUCAGCCUGCUCAGAAUAGUUUCUCGUGUUGGAGAAGGAACGAACACGAAGUAGCACGCAGCAGUCACAGUCUGAUACCAAAAAGCAGCACACUGUUGUAGUCAACAACAUUACAUCAACAUCUUCAUCGCUUUUAAGACUCAAUCUUUAUCUUCUUCAGCUAAAUUUUCUCUCCGAACAAACCGCGACCUGUGGAAAUUUAAAGCAUCCUCUUCGAGUCUGCGACUUAAAGAGAAAACGUUUAUUCAUCAUUAAUAGUACCCUAUUAUUUUCUACUUCUAUUUGAUACAACUAGAACUUUUCAAAAAGAACUUUACACCAGCGAGCGCUUUUAUUCAUAAAGCUAAAAACAAGAACCACUACAAAAGAAGAAGUUGCAAAAAGAUGGUGUGCAUGAACAUGCCCUCGUUCGUGUCGUCGACGUUGGCCGCGGCCGUGUUUCUAGUAGCGGUUAAGAACGGCGCAAUCUCUGGGUGCCAAGCGUUGGAACUCCAGCUUGGUAUGAAUGCUAAUAUGCGGCGUGGUACUUCUCGGAGUGGUCGGCAUCAACGUGCUGUUCGGGUGCCUCCCAAUCCGGAUAAUUAUAGGCAGGCUCCGGCUCUUGCAACCAGCCACCUAGAGGACUUCUUCGCCCCUAUCUCGCUCGAGCUGGAAGUUGCAGGUGGACCACGAGGAGGGGCACAGGAACAAGCCGCGUUUACUAGCGCCGGCGCUGGAGGCAGCAGUAGUAGCACAAGAACUCCUGCACCUGCUACAGCCGUGACGCCUUCGCAGGAUCAACAUGUUGAGCCGCCGGCCCUCGACGCUAUUCGCCGGCAAGAGGACCCUCUUGAACCUGUUGGCGCUCGGCUACCUUAUUCUGCAGAUUUUGCAAACCUCCUCGCCCUAUGCAGUGCAGAUAUGUCUGGGUCUGGAAUUAUGUUCGAACCUGUAACGCUGGUCUUACAUCUAUUCCUUCCCUGUGAACAAUAAAUCUGUAUAUAUUGCAUGACCAACAAAACUUUCGUGCAGCAAUGAGGAUGCGACUUUUAAUAAAGUCGCAGCACUCAUUGCGUAUGAUGAGAAAGCGUUCUGGAAUAAGUAGUAAAGUUGCCACGCUUGUUUGCUCCUGCGUUCGGAAGUGUGUGGUCCACACUUUAGCAUCUUCACAAGCUUCCAGACCCAGACAUAUUCGCUUUUGAUACGGCGAGGCCCCGCUGAUUUCGUCGCAGCACCCGGAUCACGAGGUUUUUGCACUUGAUUCUGUUAGUGAGCGCCUAGGGGCGGCCGCCGGGGGGUCUUUGUUGGACCGAGUAGGUCAGGCAAGUGUAGCCGCGGUCGGGCGUGGCUGGCAGAGGCUUGCCUUUGGGGACCAGAUUGAGCGAUCGAAACUGAUUGACACCUUUGCCAAGAACUUUCUGCGGAGCCUGCUUGCGUACCUUCCCGGAACGAGCGAGGGGAGCAAAGGGUUUGGGCGUUAUGCCAAGAACUGGCAUAUGGAAACACCCCCGCUGCGGGUCGCGCCCCAUUUGUCGCCGAAAGAGGUGUUGCUCCGGGUUCCGCUUGGGACCAUUAUCCAAUGCAAAUAGGUCUGGGUCUGGAAAAUUGCGACAUUUCUCAUGCUCGUCUGGCACGAGCACGACUCUGAGUCUGAGCGCAACACAAGGAGCUGCUCCUGUCUGCCAUGCAAAAACGCAGUUUCUCAUGCUAAACACACAACACAGAGCCAGGAAAAAAACUGUCAGGCGUGGUUAUUUUUCACUGACAUGCACCACAAGUUUGUUCCAGACCCAGGCAUAUUUGCAGAGGAUCAUAGGCACGUCUACGUACUACGCAGCCGAGCCAACGGUAGCUUCGGCACCAACCCGAGCCGGGUUUCCGCCGAAAUCGAAAGACGAGUUAUUGUCGGAGAUCGGAAGCCCAGGAUUUUUCAAACGACCGGAAUUAGAAGUUUCUGAAGCGGAAGGCGGGGCGCUGGCAACCUCCGUUAAGUUUCGCCUGGAGAGUCGCCGAGAAGUCAGUUACUACCGUGCGGCGUGGCCGGGGGACACCGAAAGUGCUGGGGCCGUACACCUUCUUGACGACGUUGGGCGGGAGGCCAGGCUUAAUGUUGGAAUCGUUGAGGUUUCGAAGCCGAUGUUUGUCGCUGAGUUUGAAUUCGCGCUCGGCAAAGAGGCAAAAGCAGAACUUGUGAGGGCUGACGUCCUCCUGCGGCACGCGCCUGCCGAGCCCUAUAACCGCAACAAAACCCUCGCCAGGGGCUCCUGUGCGGGUACGCAAAUGUGGGGCUCGCGGGUGGUCAUCGCUCCUGAGCCGGUCGUCAGGAGGACCCGGUCAUCCUCACGAGAACCUACAGGACGGCCAGGUUGGCCCGACCGGCAGGACAACCGGUUCUGUACGCCCGUGAUGCGUGGGGUGGACGAGGACCAUGGGCUGUGAUAUCCCGCAUAAAUAAAGCGUCCCCGCCCCCGAGCUGUCAUGCAGCUAAUUUAUUUGCAAUUUUUACAGGGCCUCUUACCGAGGAAGCGCUCGGUCUUUGUAUGUUGAGGUCGCCGAUAAAGUGCUUCCUCGCCCGCCCCCCGGGGAGGGGAUCGUCCUUGACCUAUGGCGCUGGGUGCGGGUGUCCACUACAUGAUGACUCGGCUUACAAUUUGUAAGUACUAAAAAUGCGCACGAUCCCCAAUGGAGGCUCAGUUAUUUAUAAUAUAUUUUCCAGUCGUGUAUUGGGGUUUGUAGUGCUGCAAACAGGAUAUUAGAAAGGACGCGGCUUCCUUGCUGACCUGCACUACUAUACAGCGAGAAACUUAUCAUGCGCGUUGACGCCCAAGACAAAGCUUUUGGAUUUGUGUUGCAGAGAUCCACCCAAGGUGGUGCUGGGAUGUUUUUCCUCAGGACAUGUCGGUAUCGGACCGUAUCGCAAGGUUUACAGCUCCGACCGGACCUACCGCCGGCACAGCGGGGAGCGCAUCGCCGAGUGAACAGAGCGAGCGCAGCUAUCGUAUCCAAAAUUGCUCCUUUGAGGAAAAGGGAUCGGUCUGGGGGCGCAGGGUGGACGGGACGUCGUCGAGCAUGAUUACUGGUCCGCCGCAUCAUGGUUUGUGGACUCAGGAAGGCCAUGAUCUGAGGACCCGGAGGUGAUUCGAACACCGGCAUAUUAUUAUGAACAAGCACGAGCUCGAGCCCGUAUCCUGAGGAAAAACGUCCCCACGCCAGAGUUGUCAUCCAAAAAAAUCUGCAAGCCUAAAAACGUUUCAUCUCAUCAUGGGCAGCCCCAUGAGCAGCCUCUUCUAAUGCCAUCUGGGAGUUUGUCAUGCUCUACUAAUGAGCAGGAUAAGGACCUCCACAGAUGUGGCUUCACUAGCCGAAGACCACUACACUAAAGUAGCCAAGAACAUGGCGCUCGCCCUUGUCGAUUUGUGUUGCAAGCAGGUCCCGAUGUUGACUCUGGCGUGGAGACGCUUUUGCACAGGAUAGCAAGAAGAUCGGAGGUUCGACGGAUCAACUGCCGGUCGCUUGUUUUGAGCCGCGCAGAAGUUUUUCAUCAGUAAUAUCCGGCACGGAGUCGAGGUGCCGACUAUUUAUUUCUCGAAACUACAUCGAUAAAAAAACCGUUCUGCCUGGUGCUCUAGAAGUACUAUGAAGUACCUGCUACGUACUCACUCGUAUGUAGAAGUAAAAACUAAAACCGGCAAGUGGUGGACCUAGAAGUGCUGUUAGUGUAGUAGAUAUGGCGAUAAUUGCGGGGAUCAUCGUCCUUCCAAAACAUCCAGAAUUACUUUCUUAUCUUGUUUUUAGCGAAGGUUCGAAGGGCCCUGUACCGAUGAUUUACUCGCAAACAGAAGUGCCGCGGGUUUAAAUAGAACGCAGAAACCCGGAGCAUAAUUUCGUACUUCUACAUAGAUCUUUAUUGACUGCUUUUGUUUGUCUACAGGUCGACAGGGGUCGAAGUCGAAUAAUUUGAACAUACUUGCUACACGCUUUUUAUUUUACUAGAAGCUGACGCAAAUUUUGUGUAUGUUCGAACCUUUCGUGUGUUUAGUUUAGCAUCGGUCCGUGCGUAGCAAUGCAAGCUAGCAAGCAUCUGUGCAUCUGAACGCCA